AUGACGGUCUUGGUUCAAAAUGCCACCAAGGCAACAACAGAUACAACGCUGAACUGGAUCCAUUCGGUUGAGAACACUACGACUGGUAUUGACGCCGAAAGCACUGGUUAUGGCCAAUCAAGUGAUGAUUACUCUACACUGGUCACAGUAAUGAUUGGAAUGGGAUGCACGUUGACCUGGGAAGAGAUUUGGAAGAAUCUGAAAAAGCCAGUCGGCAUAUGCGUUGGGGUGUUGUGUCAGUUUUGCUUAAUGCCCUUAUUGGGAUUCGGCUUGGCGCAUGCAUUUGGGUUACCGGGUCCGGCGGCGAUUGGAACGCUGAUCAUAGCUUGCUGUCCGGGUGGCGUGGCGUCCAAUGUGUUCACUUUAUGGGGCAAAGGCGAUACCUGCCUAAGCGUUUGCAUGACAACCGUGUCCACUAUAUUGGCUAUUGGGAUGAUGCCACUGUGGUUAUGGGUGUACAGUCGAAGCUGGUCCUCUAAUUCUACCGUUAUACCCUACACAGACAUCGUCAUAUCCUUGGUCGUUAUUCUGAUUCCUGCUGGUGUCGGAAUGCUCAUCAACUGGAAAUGGCCUAAAAUCGCGAACAAAAUUACCUCGAUCAAAAUGUCCGUACGAUUGAUGUUGUCACAAAGUUACGGGCAUUUUGGCACUCAUAAUGGAUGUACAAAUGAACCAUUUAGAGUAUGUCUACUAGGGGUAUUCAAUCUACCAGAGUCAACACUGUGGAGGUAUGCAGUGGUAUAUCUAUGCUGGGGAUACUCGCAACCAUCGUCUUCAUCGCAGUCAUAUCGCCAAGUAUAUUUCUAUCGUCAUGGAGACCAUACUGUGUGGCACUCCUAUACCCGAUUAUUGCGUUUACGUUCGGUUUCACAAUUGCCCGGAUGUGCCGGUCUCAGCUAUCCGAAAUGUCGUACAGUGGCAUUUGAAACGGGCAUACAGAAUACAGCCCUCGCUCUCACCAUAAUCAAUCUAUCGUUCUCGCGUGGUUUUGAUGCUUUCGACACUAUGGUCGUACCGUCCCUGCACGGCGUUGCUACUAUUUCUGAAGCACUUAUUUUCACCGCUGUUCUCCGCGUUGUCAUGCACGUGACCGGUAAAAAGAAACGUCGUGAUACCGAAGAUGCUGUCAUUGAGAAAGAACACAAGUCGCUGAACCUAGGAAGUAUUAAUCCCGGAUUCGACAAAGAAGAUAUCGACACACAGUACAGACACGUUGAAGUUCAAACAGAAAAUGUCUUUAAGCAAGACGAGAGAUCGCAUUAUUGUUGCACGUGA